CAUUAAAUGCAUAGUCAUUCCUAAUCAGGUGGACACGAAGGUUGGAUGUUUCAUUGAAAAUCAACUCAUGAAUAGUUGUUUAACUUGCUGAACUGACUUAUGGAAACCGGGAAAUCUGUCUUGAGGCUUUAUUUAUGCAUAUUGACAGAAUACAAACAGUAAAAUAUGAACUUUUACCGUUGUGGGGACUGAAAGAUGCGAAUCUAACAAACAUGGAACAUGGUUUCCCAGCAAAUUUUAUUGGUGGCUUUAUAUCAACAGUUCAAUUUCAAGUUAAAAAAUGUAAGCCGAUGAAUGCACUGAAAUGGGAUAAUAUUGACUGUCAAGCGUUAUAUAUCCCAUCGUACUGUCAUUUUGUCUAUAGACAAGUUGAUUCAUUGAAAAAUAUUACAGAUAAUGAACAUUGUAACAGAUAUGUUGAAAGUGAAUUAUCAACAAAUCCAUGGAUUAAACAAGCAUAUACAAAUAUAACAGAAAUUGUUAAAAUUGAGGUCAACAGUAUAUCAACAGAUGAAAAUAAAAUUACUCAUUUUUUUCUAAAAUGUGGUCAAGAUUUUGAAAAAUACCAUAACCAUUCCUUUCUACUAUUAUGUAAUUGGAAUGAUUAUUUAAAAUUGUUUUCAAAUGACAGUCAAUUAGAUAUUUAUGGUCAGCUGAAAACAAGUUCAGAAUAUUCAGCAUUGUAUUGGUAUUACUUCUGUACGAUUACAUGGAGGGAAAUUCAGAACAAGUUAGCUUUCAAAAUGAGACAUCGUUUAUGCCCAAACCCAUGUUCCUAUGGUGCUAGAAAAUGCUCCGGUAUACCACAUGUCAUGAAGUCAGUCAAUAAUAUAAUCCAGGCGUCAUCUGUUAGUAUGAAGAAUUGCAUUCCAACUGGAUUAGGUGUAUUCAAAGAUGAAUAUAAAUGCAUAUGUGAACCAGGUUAUUCUUGGAGUUCAGAUACAAAAUCUUGUGAGAUCGAAGAUUCAUGCUUAGCUGAUAAGAUGAUGGCUGAGAUAAGUGAGACAGUCAAAGACGAAGACAGGUUAUGCGAUCCAAAAGGAACCUUAAGGUGUAUCUAUACACCUUAUCGUUCAUCGCUAAAUUUGCACUAUGCCUGCAUAUGUCAUCCCAAAUAUAUGGGAUAUCGGUGUGAUCGACUUCGAAAUCCAUGUACUGAAAAUAUUUUACCUGGUCACAUGUCAGGCAAUGAAGCAUGUCGUACCUAUUUGGGAAAUAAAUGUAAUCCAGUGAAUGGUACCAAUUAUUAUACAUGUACGUGUAAUGGAGAGUAUGAACAUUCACUGAAAUAUUCAUUUUUCAAUUGUUAUGAACAUAAAAGUGUUUGUAAUAGUGUUAUUUGUCAAAAUAGAGGAACUUGUAUUCCUAGUGCAGAUAAUGACAAUUUUAUUUGUUCAUGUGAAUUUGGCUGGCGUGGAAAAUAUUGUGAAGAGGCUGACAUUAGACAAUGACUGAUGACAGAAUUGGUGAUAAUACAACGGCGACUUCCAAAUAUGUUGUUACUGGUUUCAUUAGUUGAUACUGAAGGUGAAUGCUUCGAUGUGUUUACUUGUUUCCGAACCUUCCACUGGUGUGAUGAAAACAAGUCUAGGUAUUUUUAUAUGCAGAUGGCAUUCAGUUCAGACCAAAUAUGAAAUCAUAUUUAGAUAUGAUUGAUAACUCUCAAGUUCGAUUUAUCGGAACUAAGAAAAUCGCUUUUAGCUUUACGACAAUUUGAACUUUGAAGAUAGUUUUGCCCUGAAGUCAUUUAAUUCUUAUAUUUUUGUUUAAUUGGUUCAAAAAACAUUUAUAAGAUUCAGUCAGUAGAUAGAAUUUCAUGCAAAGAAACAGCUACUUUUGAUAUAUGCCUGGGACUGAUGGGUUCACGAAGUCGAUGUAUCAAGAAAAGUGGUAGCUAAUACCAAUCCUACCGCAGCUCAAAUUCACCUUUGUUGCAUGUGUUAUGGGGGACAUAUAUAAAUACAGAUUGUGUUAUUAACCUUUCUUUUCAUAUCCUUUUAUUGAACUUUAGUACUGUAGUGUUCGUCCAAUUUAUACUACGUUUUCAUCCAAUGCAUAAAACUGCUAUGGCUGAACUCAUCCAAAAAUUCAUGUUUUCGUCCCUCUCUAGAACAAAAUUCAGUUAUUUUCUGAUGUUCAUCCAGCCUGGUGUUAAACAAUCUUUAAGUUCGUCCUAAAUAGCUUACUGGGCACACGGUGUUUUAUACACCACAUUAUUCUUGUCCAGUAUAAACAGCAUCUUUGAGUUGGUUUUAUUUUUUUAAAGAAUCAAUAAUUUUAAUACUAUGGAAAGACUAGCUGUUUUCAGGAUUUCUUCUAGCUUCCUGUCAUGUACCUUUUCGCGGAGUAGUACAACUGCCUUCUUGUUAUUACCUUUUUUAUUAACUUCUGUUUUUAACUCAAGCUUCUUCUUUGAAUACCUUGUCUUAAACUUCAUUUAACAAGAACUGGUUGGGCUGUGGUAAUUUUCAAAAUAUAUGAUAUUCAAUGACAUAUCUUUGAAUAAAUAAGAGCUCCAAAUUGUUGGUAUGAUCGCAGGAGGUAAUUUUUCCCCGAAAUAUUGUGUGAACUGGUCAUAAGAGAAUUCACAUAAAAUACAUUAGGCAAUCAAUAUUAGACUUUUCAUUUCACUAGCAUAUGCAUAUAAUGGCACUAAACUGCUACUUUCUUAAACGCUCGUUCUGGAUUCCUCUGCUAGCCACAACCAAACAAAUCACCACUAUUAACACUGAGGCAAUAUCGAGGCAUCCGCAUAGGAGCCCAUAUGUCUAUAGAGGUCGAACAAUUCGAUAUAAUAAUGUGACGGAUAAUUACAAGCACGUCAAUAAAUGGUAAUAUCUGACUUAUGAUGAGUGAAAUAUACUUAACACCAAUAAAAAAGAUACGAAUACUGUAACGAUAUUUUAACUACUAAAUAGUAGUCUGCUUUUUUCUGUAAAAUGUUUAAGUUUUUAGAAUCUUCUGUGACAAGAAUUUUUGAUUGCAUAUUGGUAAUAACAUUUUGUUUGCGUUUGCAAUAAAACAAUUUUUCAUUUUU